AUGUCUGCAAGAACGAGCGAGCUAGCGCUGCGUGACUGGGACUGGCCGAUCAGUGGAUGCGGAGCUCGCCUACCAAGAAGAAGAGAGGACGCGAAUGGCGUGAGCAACUACGAGGACUUGGAUGAAGAUGAAGAUGAUCCAACCGGAGAGUAUAUUGAUUCUAUCUUGUCCUAUCAACCUUCCCCGCAUAUUUAUGCUAUCAUCGACCAAGCGAAGCCUGUGGUGUACCCUCUGCACCAGAGAGCUAUGCCGGCUAACGCUCUCUAUGGCUUGGUGCGAUUUGCAGCAGCCCAUGCUAACGAUGAGUGGCUGGACGAUCUAGUUAGUGGUGCAGCCACUAGGAUUGAGGAAACCAUUCGAGCUCGUAAAUUUGACAUGUCUCAUCUCGCGUUCUGGCUAUUCAACGUCACCACUCUCUUGCACUUCGUCCGCUGUGAUCGCGUAGCGGAUGAGAAAUGUAUCGCUAUCGACGCUGAUAUGAUCCUCGAAGAUCUUAUCAAUGCUAUUUUUGUGUACGUUGUCCGGGGAGUCGAGCAAAGCAUCGACGAGAAGCUUGAUACUUGCUUCAUCGAACACGCACCCCUGGCUAGCGAAUUCAAUUCCAUCCAAUUCGAAGGCGAAUGGUCCUUUUUCAAAUCUCUGACACCCAAGAAGAGGCAACAGCCCCCAUCCCCCUAUGGGUUAUUUAACCAAGCCAGCAGUGAUGGAGCUGUCAGUCCACAAGGCUCUCCGAAACCGGACUCACGGUCAGAGUCCCCUGCGCCCGGUGGACCUUCCCCAGGCAUGAAAGCAUUCUCCUUGAGGAAUACAUUGACGCGCAAGCAGGUCGUCUCGGCAGUCUCCAGUCUCAACGGAAAUGCCAACGCUGACUCUGGGGCUACUGGGAAUCGCACUAAUAUGGACGUAGCACCGCCUAUAAUCAUGGGCCCACAGCCUACGGAUGUGACUGCGCUGUUGGGUGGGGCGCAUACACUCCUUACACUAUACGGAGUUAACCCUACACUUACCGUCCAGCUCUUCAGCCAAGUACUCAGCUGGGCAGCAUGCGAAAUAUUUAACCGUAUCUUGACCCGUAAAAAGUACCUGUGCAGGAGUCGCGCGAUGCAGAUUAACAUGAACAUCAGCGCAAUCGAAGAAUGGGCGAUUACUGACGCUGGAUUGCCAAAAGGGGUUGUGUCCCACUUUUCUGCAGUCAAGGAGCUGCUACGCUGGCUUCAGCUCUUGUCUUCAAUUCAAGAAUUCCCAAAUUUAGUUGCCACUAUUCAAACGUUCAAAUCACUUAACCCACUUCAAAUGCGUCGAGCCGUCCGAGACUACCGUUAUGAGAAGAACGAAGGACGCAUGGACGAAGAGUGUGCCCAAUAUCUUUUACAAGUUCAAAAAGAUUGGGAAAGACAAAGGGUACAACAAGGGGUUGCAGCGGUCCGCCAAGACUUCUCCGUCCGUGAUCGCGAUUGGGAUGGCAGUGUCAAUUCGGAUAAUGAGAGAGAACUUCCGCCAUCAGACGAAGACCGUAUCUAUGAAGCGGCACAACAGCAAAUCGAUGCUCUCUUUGACCGCGACCGAUCCAAGUCUGAUUGGCUUCCCGCUGCGGUCCCAGAGCCACUCGGCGAGCUCUUAGACAGUAGACACAUGCUACCCUUGAUUCUCCCAAGUGAUCCUAUUCUACUUGCCGCGAUGCCGAUGAAAUACGCGCGGGGCAAGCAUGAGGCAACCGACUCGGAAGGUCGCCCUAUGAGUCGAGCUAGCCAAGCUAGUUCAGGUGCGACAGACUCAAUGGCCUGGCGCACACGUCUGUCGGCAAUCCGAGAUGUACGCGUCAACUUGCUUGAUAUCGUGGACUACGGCUGGUUUUCGGAGCGUAGAUGGAGCACCAAGGUCUACCAGGAUGAGACCCGGUCAGAAGUCGUAUCCCCAGCCGAUUCACCUCAGCGGGUCCGAAGAUCCACGUCCAGAGGAGCUGAUGAGGAUGAGGAUGAGGAUGAGGACGAGGACGAUGACGAGGGCGAGGAAGAUGGGGAUCCUGCUGAUCUGGACGGCAAACGAGGGCGUUACCCUACCUGGCUCACCCCAAAUCCACCGAAACGAAAGGUUUCCGAUCGACACCGGAACUUUACUAUCAAGAGAGCUCGAGAAAGCACUGGUGGGGAAACAAUCCGCCCAGAUAACGCGCAGCGUGAAGAAUAUAGUGAUGAGGAGCAAGUCUCUAGCCCAGCUCAUAUUCAAACCCCUACCACAUCGACUAAAAACCUCGAGCCUGUUCAAGAGUAG